GUUCGUUCGUGAGGACUGAACUGCAAGUUCCAGGAAUCGUGCUCUCUUCGCCCAAAAAUAGAUGCCUCGUCGAUCUUCAUGGUUCGACCUCGCGGCCAUCCAAUUCGCCGGACUCCAACGACCGAAGGGAAUUCGAGGGCGCAAGAAGCAUCAAAUUCAAUCGGCAUCAGUUUUGGAAGAAUCAUCCGUUUCUGCUCUCUUUCCCAAUCUCUUGUUUUAGGUGUUCGAUUCAAUUUUUGAGCCCUUCGUUCUGUGCGGACAUUGCUCUUUUAUCAUGCCCUGGCCUUCUGCGCCACUCGGAUCACGGAUUCGAUCCUGGCUUCGCGACUACGAUCGUUUGCAGUCCGUCGCUGUUGUCCUCAUCUAUAUCCAGAUCGGGUGUGCUCUGUUGGGAUCGCUCGGGGCAUUGUUCAAUGGCGUUUUGCUGAUCAAUCUGGUGGCGGCACUUUUCGCACUUGUUGCCAUUGAGAGCAGUAGUCAGAGCCUGGGAAGGACUUAUGCAGUGCUUCUCUUCUUCUGUAUUGUGCUCGACGUUGCUUGGUUCAUACUUUUCUCGCGUACAAUAUGGAAUAUCACUCCUGAUCAGAAGUUUGGGCCGCUACUUAUUUUCUCACUUAGACUUGCUUUAUUGAUGGAAAUAAUUGGCUUUUUGGUGAGGUUUUUGUCCUCAUUCUUAUGGAUUCAGAUGUAUAAAUUGGGCCUUUCGACAGUGGACAGUUCCAUAUACCAUACAGAUUAUAGUGUUAGAAAUAGCUUCGUGAACCCUCCAACACAUGGAGUAGCUAGGCAAAACUCCACUAGUGAUGAAAUUUUGGGAGGUUCUGUCUAUGAUCCACCCUAUUACUCCUCUCUUUUUGAAGACCCACAAGAAAAGCAACACAAUCCUAGGGGUGGAAAACAGAUUGUUCAUGAUGGUAACUCUUCUUCAGUAAAUGAUUCUCCAAAACUCACGUCAUUGGUUGGUUCUUUUCAGGCUGAUAUUGCUUUGAGAAAGCCCCUAUUGCAAUGAUCUUUAGUGUAUCCUUAUUCACAAUUUUUUGGAGUCGGUGACUUUUAGACAAGGAUUUGGUUGCUUCCCAAUUACCAGUAUUGGCGUGAUGGUUUAUCUCAAUAGGAUGCAAACGUCAGUCCUUGUUCUUUCGAUUCUUGGGCAUUUCAGUGGAGUUUCAACUCUUCCUCUGGCCUCUAAAUCCUGUGACCGAAGCUAGAACACUAAUUUUAGAAACAGAUACCAUGGAGCUUUAAAUCAUUUUGGAUGUAGGGAGAUGGAGUGAUACCUUGAUCUAAUCAUUAACAUCACCUGGAUUGAUUAUCAUCAGUUGAGUGUUUCAGGCCAUAGUUUAAUGAUCUUCUACGAUUCUUUGGGGCUUUUGAUCCACUCGGUAUGCAGUAUCGGUUAUGUCAAUCCAGUUUCAUUGCUAAAUUUCAUUUCUCUUGCUCUGAGACUGUUGGUAUACAAAUGGGCAGAAACAUCAUUGCUUAUAUUGUUGUUAAAGAUUAUUGGAAUUCAUAUAUCUGUACAUAGCAGCUUCUUAAGAGAUGAAAUAAAAAAUAUUGUUUUGUCA